CCAAGAUGGCUGACAGCACUUCAUUGGCUCAACUGGUGUAUAGCAAGUUAUCCAGCUGGGUAUUCUUUACACACUGCAGUCAUGAAGACACAGAGAGCGUGUUAUAAGAAGAGGCUUGCAGAGGAGCAGUGUCAAGGUGAUGGUGCCAAGUAUUUCUUGAUGUACUGAGCCGGCACCCAGUGUUGAACAAACCCAAAGAGCAGCACCAGAAUGUGUUGACGUCUUCAUUCAUUCCUCCAGCUUUCUUCUCUAAAAUGGAGCUCAUCUUGCAGGGCUCCUCUUCAAACUUGUCAAAAUUGUUUCACAACGCCAGCCUUCCACUAAAUACCACUGGGAACUACUCCAACAACCAAUUCACUGAAGUCAACCUCUUUGAUAUCCUGGGUCCAAAACGAUCUCCCUUCUCCCUCCCCGUAACCAGUGUUUACCUUCUCAUCUUCCUCACUGGCUUGUGUGGGAAUCUGCUCACAUGUGCAGUUAUAGCCAAACACAAGAAGAUGCGCAACCCCACCAACCUUUACCUAGUGAGCCUGGCUAUGUCGGACCUCCUCGUGCUUUUGUUCGGGAUGCCCCUGGAGAUUUACGACUUGUGGCAGAACUACCCAUUCCCCUUCGGCGAGGGCGGCUGCUACUUCAAGACCUUCCUCUUUGAGACGGUCUGCUUCGCCUCAAUCCUCAACGUCACAGCUUUGAGUGUGGAGAGGUACAUAGCUGUGGUGCACCCCCUCAAAACACGGUACCUGUCGACUAACAAGCACGCCAAACGGGUCAUCACCAUCGUGUGGGUGGUGUCGAUGCUCUGUGCCAUCCCCAACACCUCACUGCACGGCAUCUUCUACCUGCCAGAGAGGAUGGAGGAGUCGGCCAUAUGCACGGUGCUGAAACCUCUGUGGAUCUAUAACAUGGUCAUGCAGAUCACCACUGUGUGCUUCUAUUUUGUACCCAUGAUGGUGAUUAGCAUGCUGUACCUGGUGAUGGGACUUCAUUUGGGCAGAGAGAGGCAGCAGCGCAGUGGGAACAUGGGAAAGAACCGCAGCAGCAACACUCGAAUGAAGAUCAGUGUGGAGAGCGGGCGCAGGAGACAGGUCAUCAAGAUGCUUUCAAUUGUGGUGGCAGUGUUUGGAGUCUGCUGGGCGCCCUUCCACAUCGAGCGGCUCCUGUGGAGUUCCAUCAGCCAGUGGACCGACUUGAUGCACAAUGUUUAUCAGUAUGUCCACAUCCUGUCGGGUGUCCUGUUCUACCUCAGCUCCGCGGUCAACCCUAUCAUCUACAGUCUGCUCUCCACACGGUUCAGGGAGUGUUUCCGAGAACUGGUGUGCUCCCAGACGGAGGACAACAGCUCUGUCAGAGACUCACCACCCUUCCCUAUUUUACUAGAUCCCUCUGUCUCAAGCACAAGUGCUCAGGCUGAGGGUAAGGACUCUAAUGCUUUCAUCCCUUUGCUGUCUCCUAACAUGACACUGAGCAUGGACACUGCAAUCCUCACAUGUGCGUGCAAAGAGACACCCUGCAAGACCUCUGAUUUGAUUUGAACAGGCUAUAGCACUCUCAUGUCCGUUUGGUAAAUAUGAUUAUGGUUAAAACAGGGGGAAACAGCAAGCCUGCAUCUGUUUUACGGCAACAGCAUCCACCCACCAGCACCUCUAAAGAUCACAAAUUACAUGUACAUGUACCUCGUUUUUUUAUCUUUUUAAAAAAAUGAUGAAAAGUAUAGACAAGUUGGGAUUUCCCGGGGGGGUUAUGUGCAGGAUUAUUUUAUUUUCAUGAGCAGUAACUUCCCAUGCUCUACACUUUUGUAGGGAUAAAGCAAACAAGAUGUAAUGUGUUAAUUAGUGAGAUUAGUGCUGGUAGGCAGAUUUUUUUAACCUUUGGACAGAUCCAGGUUAGCUGUUUCCCCCGUUUCCAGUCAGUAUGCUACUGGCUACUGGCACUAUGUCCAUCGAUCUUCAAGAAAGCAAAUGAGCAUAGAGGAAGAAGACGGUGUCCUGCAUCCCCAGCAGGUCCAGGAUGUUGUCUGUGAUCUACUGGACUGGUAGUUGAUACUGGCCACUCGCUCGGCCAUCACAUGAGCCAGCAGCGAGAAGGCGAGGUUGCUGUAGUGACAUCGGGAAGAAAGGACUUAGAGUUGAAGAGUAUUUUGAAAAUUAAGUUUGUUCAUGUAGAAAAUAAGAGAAAUUAGUCACCUAUUUUAAAGAAAUAGUGUGACACAUUGGAAAGUACACUUAUUCGCUUUGUUGGUAAGAGUUAGAUAUGAAGGUUGAUACCACUUUCAUCUAUGUUGGUUAAAUAUAAAGCCGCAGCAAGCAGCUGGUUAGCUUAGCUUUAAGACUGGAAACAGGAGGAGCCUGGCUUUGUCCAAAGGUGGGAAAAAAGUCUACCAGCACCUCCUCCAAAGCUCAUCUUGUUCACUGAAUCUGUACAAAGUGUAAAAACAAAAAGAUCUGGUAUUAUUGGGGUUGUGUGCUGGACUAUUUCAGUCUUUAUGCUACAUGACCUCAUCUAACUCUGCAAAAACUCUGAAACUCUGAAAAUGAGUAAGUGCAUUUUCCAAAAUGUUGAACUGUUGCUUUAAACAGUCAGAGUUUACAAAAAAUGAUGAAGGAACUCCCCGAUCAAAUUAGCAUCAAGAAGUUUUAUCAGUGUUGUCCUUGUGGUGUGACAGCUGUGGUCUUACAAGGUUUUUAACUUUGAUCUUUCAUCACUGCAUAUAACCGCAUCUAAAAUGCAUAAAUCCUUAAACACCAGAGCACAGUGCCAGAAGCCAGUUUCUCCUCAUGUUUUCAUAAACAGCUGUGGUGUCUAAGAUAUCAAAAUUUCAUUUGAAAUCUUUUAUUUACUUGAAGGUCAAAUAUUAUGCCAAUUAGUGCAAUAUGAACAGACAGUUACAAUAUAUAUUGUAAGAUUUGUGACAGUUAGACUUGACAUUUAAUUAUACGACACUCCUCAGGGGAAUGAAAGUCAUAUUUAAACAUAGCGGAACGUAUAGUGUGUUAAUGUCAAUCAGACUUGGUGUAGGCAGUAAUGCACCUCAUAUGACUCUCAGUUAAUGUUACUGUAAUAUUUUAAAUAGUGGAUUAUUUAUGUGCAACACUGUGUCUUUCAUUCAACUUAAGAGAAGAAAAAGAAACUGUGGUCUAGGAGACAGAUUUUAGUUCACUCUUUUCAUAGUUUCAGUAACCCAGCUGCUGUGUGUAUACAUAGUCGUGUCCAUUUCCACCACCAGAAUAAAAAAAGUCUCUCAAAUGCAGCCCUAUCUUUUGAUUCUAGCUGAUAGAAAAGAAGCAAUUUCACACAAAAUUAACUGCCUAGCAAGCAGAUUUAAGUUCUAUAUCUGAUUAAUACGUUUUCAAAGCCUUGUGUCAUAUAGUAUUGACUGCAGUUGGAAGUAAGUUGCAGGGAAAUUGCUCUUUGUAAUCAAAUGAAUCUACCUGAGAGCUGCUGGCCAUCCUGCACAGGAGGAGCAGAUCCAAUUUGUUCGAACUCACCACAUGUUUUUAAAGAGCUUGUACAUAAACUUUGAUUUAAUUGAUUUGAUUGUUCAACAGUGCCUCCAUCUUCCACCUGCUGUCUUAUACUGUAACUGCUGUAUGCCUUAGAAGAUAAAUCCAGAGGGAAAAACAAUUGGAUCUGAUCUGA